GUCGUCGACCAGCAUGUACGGCCGGGCACAUUCAGUCCGCCAUCGGGCACCGUUCCAACGAGUCCGCGCCAACGGGAUGAACAACCGACCGUUGCUGAAAGCCGUUCGCGUUACGUUACUCUGACACGUUAUAAUAACAUUACUGCCGUAGUCUCCGAACACAUACGCCGUCGUUUGAUUUUUUUUUAUAGUAAAAACAAAAUAAUAUCGUCGUCGGUGGUUUUGUUUUUAUUUUUCUGUUAUUUUAAUUUUUUUUUAUUUAGUUCAUGAUCGCGAUAAACUGAUUUCGGCGCCGGCCCGAUGCGCGUUUAACCGGCCGCUCGCCAUAACCUACGGCCGCAGGAUGUGCGUUUUUUUCGCGAUACUCAUACUCAUACCGGUGUGGCACUCGGUGUGUGGCCAGACCGUCGGGUCGAACGCGUCUGCGGCGCUCAACUAUGACGCGCCGGAAGAUUGCGCGUGGAGAGUCCGGGCCGAAAAUCCGUCCGGCGACGAAGUGGUGUUGGCCUGUACGCUGCGGACCAUCAACAGCGACAUGGACAUGACGAAUUUUUCCGCCAUCCCGUCCGAGCACACCGUGUCGCUGUUGAUAUCGUGCGACCCCACGGUGAGCACCACCAGCUCGCUGGAAAACCAGAGCUUCGCCCACCUGCUCCGACUCCGGGAACUGGAACUCGACUCUUGCAAACUGGCUCGUUGGCCGUCGGGCACGCUGACCGGGCUUGGUGACCUGAGAAACCUGACCGUCCGGACGGGCGCGUCCGACUGGCCUAACCCCAACGCGACCGUGGACAUAGCGGCCGGCAGUUUCGCGCACGUUCGCCGACUUGAGCGGCUGGACCUGAGCACCAAUAACCUGGUGGACGUGCCGGAAAACACGUUUUGCCAGCUGCCCAAUCUGGUCCACCUAAACUUGAGCCGCAACCGCAUACAGGACGUCGGCGACCUGGGCUUCAAAGAGCGUACGCCGUCUCCGCCCCAGCCGUUGAUCAGCGGCCGCGAUGACGUGUACGACGUGGACCAGUACCAGAGGAAGUCGCCGACGGGCCCGUGCUCGCUGGACGUGCAGUCCGUCGACUUGUCCUGGAACCGAUUCGUCACGUUGCCCGCCAACGGAUUUAGUUCGUUGCGACGGCUCACCGAGCUCCGUCUGGCCGGAAACGCCAUUUCCGCGGUGGCCGAUCGGCCGCUGGGCGGACUGGCCAACCUCGAGGUACUCGACUUGUCUUGCAACUUUAUCGUAUCGCUGCCCGUCAACAUGUUCAAGGACGUGGCCGAGAGCAUCAAACAAAUAUACUUGCAAAACAACAGCAUCGGCGCGCUCGCGCCUGGCCUGUUCGUCAAUUUGUACCAGCUCACGUCGUUGGACUUGUCGUACAAUCAGCUGUCAAGCGCGUGGAUAGACGCCGGCACGUUCACCGGACUAAUACGGUUAGUGACGCUGAACCUGGCCAACAAUAAAAUAACAAAGUUGGACCCGACCAUGUUCCACGACCUGUACACGUUGCAAGUGUUGAAUUUGGCCGGCAACGCCAUCGACGCCGUACCGGACGACGCGUUCAUCCCGUUGCGGAACCUUGACACGCUCAUCUUGUCCAGCAACAAGAUCGUCCAGAUCAGCCCGUUCGCGUUGAACGGUUUGUAUGCGCUGACGUUGCUGUCGCUGGACGGCAACAAGCUGACGGACGUGCACGAAGAAUGUUUUAGGAAUUGUACUACUCUCCAGGACAUAAAUCUAAGCGGCAACGCGCUCAAGUCCGUGCCGGCCGCCCUAAGAGAAAUGGCACUAUUGAAAACCGUAGAUUUGGGCGAAAACAAAAUUAAUACCAUCGAGCCCGAUUCGUUUUUCGGCAUGUCGAACUUGUACGGGUUAAGACUGAUCGGUAACCGGAUUAGAAAUCUGACGGCUAACGCAUUUGGUAAUUUACCGUCCCUACAGAUCCUAAAUCUCGCGCACAACCAAAUCGACUACGUGGAAAAACAGGCGUUCAAGAACAUACCGAAAAUCCAAGCCAUCCGUGUGGACGGCAACCGUUUGUCGACCGUGGAACACUUGUUCCGGGACGUAUCCAGUCUGCUGUGGCUGAACGUGUCCGACAACGUGUUGAACGACUUCGAUUACGAUAUGUUGCCGCCGCAAUUGGAAUGGCUGGACAUGCACAAAAACUAUUUGACCGAGUUGUCCAACAAAAAAAGCGUCAGCAAUCAAAUACUCACGCUGGACGUCCGGUACAACUACCUCACGUACAUCAGUCCGUCGUCCAUACCGGACGGCGUGGAAAUCCUGUUGAUGAACGACAACCAGAUCAUGACGGUCGAACCGGGUACGUUUUUGAAAAAGGCCAACAUCACUCGGGUGGACAUGUACUCCAACCAUAUCGUCCAGCUGGACAUCAACGCUAUACGGUUGCCGCCGGUGCCGGCCGGACGGCCGUUACCGGAAUUCUACAUCGGAAGCAACCCGUUCCAGUGUGAUUGCAAAAUGGAAUGGUUGCAGCGCAUCAACCAGCUGGCCGAUUUGCGACUGUACCCGCUCAUCAUGGACAUCCCGCUCAUUUACUGUAAACUGUUGUACAACCGCGAGAACAAAUACGUGCCACUGUCCGAUAUCAGCCCGUCGCAGUUCGUGUGCACUUACAAGACCCAUUGCUUUACCGUGUGCCAGUGUUGCGAAUUUGACGCGUGCGACUGCGAAAUGACUUGCCCGGCCAACUGCACGUGCUACCACGAUCAGCCGUGGUCGUCCAACAUCGUUGACUGUUACUCGUCCAAUUACACGCAGCUGCCCGCCAAAAUACCGAUGGACGCCACCGAGGUGUACCUGGACGGCAAUCGGUUCACGCACCUAUCCAGCCACGCGCUUCUUGGCCGGAAAAAUUUGCGCAUACUGUUCGCCAACAACUCGGGCAUCCAGUCGAUCAGGAACGACACGUUCACCGGGCUGAAGCGGCUGGCCGUGCUGCACCUGGAGAACAACAAGAUCGAACGUUUCGACGGGUCCGAGUUCAACACGGUGGAAAACCUCAAGGAACUGUAUUUGCAGUACAACUCGAUCAGCCACGUGAACAACAUGACGUUCGAACCGCUGAAAAGUCUGCGCGUGCUCCGACUCGACAACAACCGGCUCUACGACUACGACGUAUGGACCCUGUCGGUCAACGUGCACCUGACCGACUUGCAACUGUCCAACAACCCGUGGUCUUGCGAAUGCGAAUUCGUCCAGUCGUUCCGGCGGUUCAUGAUGGUGUCCGGCGACAGGGUGACGGACACCGCGGAAGUGGAGUGCCGGCCGGAAGGCACCCGGGACGCCGUCAGUAUCCGGGACCAAAACACCACGGAGUGCAGUUCGUUUUUCGGGUCCAUCGUCGAGAACCGCAUCGUCCGCGACGUGUUGCCCACAGCGCUGACCGCCGUUUGCCUGGUGUUGGCGGUAAUAUUGGUCCUCUACCUGACCGUCGUGUACAGGGACGAGUGCCGCGCUUGGGUGUACUACAAGUGCGGCUUCCGGAUAUGCCACAAGACGGUUCCGUUCGAGGACGACCGCAUGUUCGACGCGUACGUGGCGUAUAGCCUCAAGGACGACGGGUUCGUCGCUCAAAUGCUGGCGCCGGGGCUCGAGCAGGGUACGCCCAGGUACAGGGUGGGCUUGCACUACCGCGACUUCAACGUCAGCUCGUACGUGGCCGACACCAUCGUGGAGGCCAUCGAGUCGUCCAAGCGAACGGUGCUGGUGGUGUCCAAGAACUUCGUCGAGUCCGAGUGGUGCCGGUUCGAGUUCAAGUCGGCGCUGCACGAGGGCCUCAAGGACAAGAGGGGUCGGCUGAUCGUGGUCACCCUGGGCGAAAUACAGCCCAGGGACGUGGACCCGGAGCUCAGGGUGUACAUGAAGAACGCGGUGACCGUCAACUGGGGCGACCGCAUGUUCUGGGAGAAGUUGAAGUUCGCCAUGCCGGACGUGAGCAAGUCGUGCCAGAGCCUGAUCGCCCGGUCCAGGAACGGCGCCAACAUAUACGCCACCCCGAUGAGGAUGCCGCCGUAUCCGUACGCCGGCCAGCCGCAGAGGACGGCGUCCGUUCAGUCCGGAAAGUACUACUUGACGCCAGCCUACGUGGACUCGUCGCAGCACCUCUGGGCGUAGCGACACUCGGCCAUCUCAAGAGUUGUGAAGACCCAGGCGGACCACGGCUCAAAACUAAAAAUUCAACCUACGACGAAGUCUUUUUAAAUUGUGUCUCUUUUUUUUUUCAUUCUAUAAUACGCUUUCUUUUCAAUCGCUACCUACACCUUUGUACUUUGACCGAUACUAUUGUUUCGAAAUUGAUUCGUAUACUUUUUAAGUCAUUUACUUUGUAUAGCUAUAUGAGAAUCUUUACGCGGACAACUAAAACCGUUCGCGGUUAUGUUUUUAAGUUUCUCUUCUGACAGGUACAAACAACAAUACCGAAUCUAGUCAAAAGUCCGGCGACUAAUUUCCGCCACCUUAGCCCGUUCACAGUAGUCGGUGGCUAAAUGUACUGUCCUCGAGGUUUUGUCAGGUGAAAAUAAGGUCGUCCGGUCAAAUUUAACGACGGCCUAGCAUCGUCCCAUCCGCAAUUACCCGACAAUUAUAAUUAUUGUGGUUCAAAGGGCUUUGAAGGGACAAUAAUGACCGGGUCCGUGUGUGUGGAGGACACUUUCCAAAGACUAUAUUAUAGGUACGGUGUUUAAACGACACGCGAACCAGACAAAGACCUAACCGAGUGCUUUUGUUUUGCACGAUUUUGAAGUCAUUUCGACGGUUUUAAACGAUCAAUCGACAACCGCGAGCAACUCCGUAGUCGCACACACGCUAUGUUUGUAUAUUUAUCGUUAAUUUAGUGUACCGAUAAUAAUUGUAUUUUUUAUGAAUAUGUGAUAUUAUCCUCCGGGGGAGACCGCUCCCUCGCCCAGACAGCUGCAGACCAAAACACUACUUACGGUAAUACCUGUUAUUCCAAAUGAUUACACUUAAUUACUUACUUAGAAUAUACCCAUUAUAUAAUAUUGAUAAUUCGAUAAACGGACUCGAGGGGCACCGGUCAACUGCUUGUUAAUAAAUCAUUGCUUGAUGAUCUAAGUUUACCUUUGACCUCUUGACCCCCUCCUCAUGCGCGCCGGUGCCAUAACGUUAUCACUCUGUUUCGGACACACGUAUAAUUAUAAGUUUUUUUUUUAGCUUCUUAAUGGAGCUAAGAAGGUAUAUUUUAUUUUAAAAUUUAACUUUUUACACUUAUAGAUAUACCAUUUUAGCUUUGUGUACUUUCCGGUAAUAUUUGAUUGUUUACUUUUAUAAACCAGGCGAUCUAGUCAUGUUUAAUAUAAUUUAUUUUAUAUAAUAUAAACAUCAUAAUACUGAUUAUAUAUUAUUAUAUUAUAUGUUCUCAACUGUGAUAAUACGUUUAAUAAUAUUAUAAUUAUUAUUAUUAUUAUUUUUUUUUAACUGAUCGAUUUUUGUGUAUAUACAUAUUUAUUUUGUGAUCCUCGGGAAAUCAUAAUAAUAAUAUUGUAACUUAAAACUUUUUAACGUUAUCGUAACCAAUAAUU